AUGGGUCUUGGAACGUGGUCCAUUCGAUCAGAGUUUGACGAUUUGCUAUUUCGCCAUGCUUCGAAGUGCGGCACAACUGUGUUCGACAACACAAGAGUCACUGAACUUCAGUUCGAGGGCGAAAGACCUGUUUCAGCCAACUGGAGGAAUACCAGCACCGGAACAGAGGGCCAUAUCUCUUUCAACUACUUAAUUGAUGCGUCAGGAAGGAAUGGGCUCAUGUCCACAAAGUACCUCAAUAAUAGACGCUAUAAUCAGGCCCUCAACAAUGUUGCAUGCUGGGGAUACUGGGAUGGAACGGGCUCUUAUAUGCCCGGUACCACUCGCCAGAAUGCUGUCUGGAUCGAAGCACUUGAAGACGAGUCUGGAUGGGCUUGGUUUAUCCCUCUUCACGAUGGAUCUACAUCUGUGGGAAUUGUGAUGGAUCAAGAGUCAAGCAACCGCAAGAAGAAGGUUUCCCGUGCGGCCUCAGGAGGAUCUGGCUCAAAUCUUCUGACUCAUUAUAUUGAAGAGUUGAGCAGAGCUCCUGGAGCCCUCAAAUUGAUCGGAAAGGGCACUCUUCAAAACGACGGCACACCGGAAGCUGUCAAAUCUGCGAGCGAUUUUAGCUACUCUGCUUCCUCUUAUGCUGGGGAUCAUUUCCGCGUGGUAGGGGAUGCUGGAGCAUUCAUUGACCCGUUCUUCUCGUCCGGUGUCCAUUUGGCUUUCACAGGAGGACUUUCGGCUGCUCUCACGAUUUCUGCGUCGAUUCGAGGACUGUCCAGCGAAGAGGACGCCCAACGCUGGCACACCGCAAAGGUUGGCAGCUCUUACACGAGGUUUCUUCUUGUAGUCCUUGGGACCUACAAACAGAUCCGCAAUCAGGACAUGCCAGUCAUGAGCGAUGUGGAUGAGGACAAUUUCGAUAAAGCCUUUGACAUCCUCAGGCCGGUGAUACAAGGAACAUCAGAUGUUGGCAAGACGUUAACGGAAGACGAACUGCAGAAAACUAUGGACUUCUGUCGUCACAUAUUUGCACCAACUGAUCCCGAGAUGCACGCUGCAGUCAAAUCUAGGUUGGAUGAUACCCUAACGUCCCCAAACGGAUUCGUCAUGUUAGAAAGUGCCAUCGACCGCGUGCUCGGAAAUACUGACGAGGAGGCUAAGAUCGUGUUGAGUGAGAUCAAUGCGCGAAAGCCAAUCCAUACGCUGUACAACCCUACGGAGAACUUUGGUGCGGAGGAACACUUUGGUUUCAAAGCUGUCUUGGAACGAGGGAAAUUGGGUUUGGUGAUUGCAUAGACGUUGCUAGUAAUAGAGUUGUCACGUUUCAAGACCGAGUUGUUCGCUGUCACGACUGCAAAGUAAAUCUAGACAGAGUGUACCAUAGAGUAGAACGUACACAUGGAGCCUUAGAGUACUUAGGUUCAGUGAUUCGCCUCACCGAAUUGAAAGUUGAAAUGACGC